UGUGUGUGUGUGUGUGUGUGUGUGUGUUCUUGUGUGUUGGGAGACUGCGGGAGCAGCAGAGAGAGGCUCACAACUUCCCUCCUCUCUGCGCCGCCGUGCCCGGCCGCCGCCGCGUCGCGCCCCUCUUUCCCCGGGACACAGGCUGGUGGGGAGAUGUGAGGGGGCUGGAAGUAUGGCAUGGAAGGAUGCUGUCUGCCCACGAGAAGGAGAUGGGGACAGCGCUGCGCGCCGCGCUCCUGUGGUCCCUCUUCUACUUUUGCUGCCUGAGCUCUUGCGCGGAGAAAGUCUCCGGACUAAGGAAGGAUGAGCGGAUCUAUCCGGAGAAUUUUACUCGCAUUUUGGACCGACUUCUGGACGGCUAUGACAACAGGCUGCGACCCGGAUUCGGAGGUCCUGUGACUGAGGUCAAGACUGACAUUUACGUGACCAGUUUUGGGCCUGUCUCAGAUGUUGAAAUGGAAUAUACGAUGGACGUGUUCUUUCGUCAGAUGUGGGUGGAUCGUAGACUGAUGUAUGAUGGUCCAAUGGAGAUUUUGCGGCUGAAUAACCUGAUGGUGACUAAGGUGUGGACCCCAGAUACUUUCUUCAGGAAUGGCAAGAAGUCUGUUGCUCACAAUAUGACGGCCCCCAACAAGCUUUUUCGUAUCAUGAAGAAUGGCACCAUUCUUUACACCAUGAGGUUGACCAUUAGUGCUGAGUGUCCCAUGAAACUGGUGGAUUUCCCCAUGGAUGGACAUGCAUGCCCGCUCAAGUUUGGAAGCUAUGCGUAUCCUAAAACAGAGAUGAUCUAUACCUGGACUAAAGGACCUCAGCACUCAGUGGAAGUCCCUCCUGAGUCCUCCAGCCUGGUGCAGUACGAUCUCAUCGGCCAGACGGUCUCCAGCGAAACCAUUAAAUCCAUUACAGGUGAAUAUGUUGUGAUGACGGUCUACUUCCACUUGAAACGUAAAAUGGGCUACUUCAUGAUUCAGACGUAUAUCCCCUGCAUAAUGACAGUAAUCCUCUCCCAAGUGUCCUUCUGGAUAAAUAAGGAAUCAGUUCCAGCACGCACAGUUUUCGGCAUCACCACCGUCCUGACCAUGACGACGCUCAGUAUCAGCGCUCGCCACUCCCUCCCCAAGGUCUCGUACGCCACUGCCAUGGACUGGUUCAUCGCCGUUUGCUUCGCCUUUGUCUUCUCUGCGCUCAUUGAGUUCGCUGCCGUCAACUACUUCACCAAUGCACAGACUGAACGGGCCAAAGGGAAGCCAGCCAAGUGUCCCCCGGGGCCGCAAACCACGCCCGUCAAGGUGAAGGACACCGAGGAAGUGCUGCAGAAUCUCGAUUCCAACGGUUCCCUGAGAAAAAGGACAAAUUACGUUUCGCACCAGGAGGCCAGCAGUCAGCAGAGAGCCCAGUCCACCACCAACAUCUCCGGACUGGGGCGAGGCCGGCCGCAGAGGCCCGUGGCCAGCGGGGUCAACGGCAGCUCCUUCAACCUGUCCCGCUCCAGCCCCAAGUCGGAGAGCCUGCUGAGCGUGGCCAGCUCCUCCGCCCAGCUGGUGAAGAGCACGCCCCAGGCGGCGCCCUCCACCCCGGACGUAACCACGGGGACGCCGGGCAAGCAGAGCACCGACCCCUCGUCCCUGCAUCAGCUGCUGGGGCCCAAGCUGGAGCGCAUCCAGAUGAUGGGGAACAAACUGGAGCCCAAGCAGACGCCGUGCUCUCAGCCCACCACCGCCGGGAUGGGCGGCACCAGCAAAAUUGACAAGUACGCACGGAUCCUGUUCCCGGUGUCCUUUGGUGCGUUUAACAUGGUCUACUGGGUGGUCUACUUAUCGAAGGACACGAUGGUGGCCAGAGGUGGCUAGAGGGACGAUCCGCUCCGGAGUCAAUAUGGAUUAUGGGAGUUUGCACACAACAAGAAGAAACUUGUGUUCUUGCCAAACAGAUUAAUGUGCUUUUUAAGCACUUUCUUAUUCUUAGAUGACUUUCAAGUUUUCUUCCUGGGAAACAAAGAAGGGAACAGACGGACAUAAUUAGGUUUAUGUGACUGAUCAUGAAACAGAACACCUGCACACUGGAAUAGUCCUCAGUCUCCUUUAUAUUACACGUUACAUCAUCUGACUUUAAAAGUCUUGAUCGGCUUCGACUGCCUCGUCGUGCCGUUUGGCCUGAAGCCAAGAUAAGGCAUGGGAUUUUGUCAUUUUCCUAUUUUUGUACCCUGCACCUGGCUACAUGUGUGGAAGCGUGGGCCAUCAUCCUCAGUCCAUCUGCUCCAGCAAUAC